CAGGCUUGGGCCAAGAUGUUUCCGGUUAAGUUCAAAAUAAAGUUGUCAUGUGGCAGAAGGUGGUUUUUUUGGUCCACCUGCAGGAUUCAGUCAGAAACCAAAGCAGAACCUGAUCCGCCACCAGCUCUUAUUUCCUGCUGUCCAGUGUGGAAGUUGACCACUUCUUCUCUUUCUGCAGGUCUGCUGGCGUCCCCUCACUCGGCUCCAGGAAACCUCGACAACAAUAAGAACGGCGAGAGUCGCAUCAACGGCGGCAGCCGGGAAAACAGCACCGUGGACUUCAGCAAGGUGGACAUGAACUUCAUGAAGAAGAUCCCUCCUGGCGCAGAGGCGUCCAACGUCCUGGUGGGUGAAGUGGACUUCCUGGAGCGGCCGAUCGUCGCCUUCGUCCGGCUGUCCCCCGCCAUGCUGCUGACCGGCCUCACAGAGGUCCCGGUGCCCACCAGGUUUGUCUUCCUGCUGCUCGGCCCGUUUGGAAAAGGCCCGCAGUACCACGAGAUCGGACGCUCCAUGGCCACUCUGAUGACGGACGAGAUUUUCCACGAUGUUGCCUACAAGGCGAGGGACAGGAUCGACCUGCUGUCGGGGAUCGAUGAGUUCCUGGAUCAGGUGACCGUGCUUCCGCCGGGCGAAUGGGACCCCAGCAUCCGCAUCGAACCCCCGAAGAACGUCCCGUCUCAGGAGAAGAGGAAGAUGCCGUCUGUCCUUAAUGGCUCCGCCCACAUCUCUGACACCAUCAAGGAAGAGGAGCAUCACACGGGACCAGAGCUGCAGAGGACGGGGAGGAUCUUCGGUGGUUUGGUGAACGACGUCCGGAGGAAGGCGCCCUUCCUGUGGAGUGACAUCAGGGACGCGGUCAGCCUGCAGUGUUUGGCGUCCGUCCUCUUCCUCUACUGCGCCUGCAUGUCGCCCGUCAUCACGUUCGGAGGGCUGCUGGGAGAAGCCACCAAAGGAAACAUAAGUGCCAUAGAGUCUCUGUUCGGGGCGUCCAUGACGGGCGUGGCCUACUCCCUGUUUGCUGGUCAGCCUCUCACCAUCCUGGGCAGCACCGGUCCAGUUCUGGUCUUUGAGAAGAUCCUCUUCAAGUUCUGCAGGUGAGUCUGCGGGAACACCUGUUUUCUGUAC